GACGACAACAGCGCGUCGGACACUUCAGCCAGCAGCAAUCUAAGGGGGGAAGAGGAGAGAGAGAGAGGAGAGAAAGAGAGGAGGGAAAAAGAGGAGAGAAAGAGUGGGGAGAAAGAGAGGAGAGAAAGCGAGGAGAGAACUACUCACUCGCUGACAUUUCUGACGUGUGGAUUUACACACAGCAUGGCGAUGUCCACGUCAGCAUCAGUAGCAGCAGCAGCAACAGCAGCGGCACCUGCCAGCUCAGCAGGCACGAUCUUGGGCGGCGCCGGAUCUGCCGCCACGUCAGCAACACAACGGCGGCGCGACACUUCCUGUCGACUGGGACCCGGACAGCCGGGACAUCUGGUCUGGGUCCCAGUCAAGUGCUCGGCCUUCGCCAACGUCGGACAGCAGCGAGCAGCCGUACGCCGGGAACUGGGACCCCGACAGCCGGGACGUCUUGUCGUUCGUCCGUCUCUGCGACCCGAUACCGGCCGAUCCUUCGGCCUGAGCAGGUCGCCCAGCGUCACACAAUGCGCUGUUUACCAGGUUACCCUCAAAACCCCCGACGGGGACAAGAUCAUUGAUUGCAUGGACGAUGAGUAUAUUCUAGAUAAAGCGGAGGAAUUGGGGCUUAUCUUGCCGUCAUCAUGCAGAUCUGGGGCGUGUUCCGCGUGCGCGGGAAAAAUUUUGGCGGGAACGGUGGACCAAGGAGACCAAUCGUUUUUGACGGACAGUCAGUUGGGGUCGGGAUACGUGCUGACGUGUGUCGCGUACCCGACGUCCGAUGUUGUCAUCGAGACUGGAAAGGAAUCCGAAGUAGGUAGUUGAAAAAAGAAAAAAAAAGAAAAAAAAAAGAAAAAGAAAAAAGGGCAUGAAAUGGAAUUUACUUGAGUGAGUAGAAGGGUGCACGAGAUCUUAUUCAUUUUUUCAAUAGAUUAAAUAUUUAAAUUUUUGGUCCAAAAAUUUCUCGCAUUUUUUUUUUAAUAAUAACAAAAGAUAAUUUUAUUU